AUGCUUGCCUCUCGGGCUUCUCUAAGGUCCGGCUGUUUGAGAGGAACCCAACUGUCGUCUACUCGUCGUUACCACGGUCUUGCCCAGAGCAAGUUCUUUCAGGUGUCAGAAGAAGUGCGUGAUGCAGUUGCUACAGGCAAACCAGUCGUCUCACUCGAGACGACAAUCUAUACACACGGUUUCCCUUACCCUGAUAACAUUGCUCUCGCCGCAUUGCUGGAGUCUGCUGUGAGAGCCAACGGUGGAGUUCCUGCAACUAUAGGAAUCCUUGGUGGUGUGGCCAAAGUUGGCCUGAGUGCGGAAGAGCUUAUCGAGCUGGCCUCGACAGCCCAAAAUAGAGCGCUCUGA